AUGUCGGCCGCGUCCAAGCUGGCCGGAAAAUUGCGCCUGCCCUGCAUCGGCGCGCCGCUCUUCAUCGUCUCCACGCCGGACCUCGUCAUCGCGCAGUGCAAGGCGGGCAUCGUCGGCUCAUUCCCGGCGCUCAACGCCCGCCCAAAGGACAAGCUCGAUGAGUGGCUGGUCCGGAUCAAGUCGGAGCUCGCGGAGCACGACGCCGCCCACCCCGACUCGCCGGCCGCGCCCUUCGCCGUCAACCAGAUUGUCCACCGCUCCAACGACCGGCUGAUGCACGACCUCGAGGCGUGCGUGCCGCUGGUGAUCACCUCGCUGGGCGCGCGCGAGGACGUCAACCAGGCGAUCCACUCGUACGGCGGCCUCGUCUUCCACGACGUCAUAAACAACCAUUUUGCGAAGAAGGCGGUCCAGAAGGGCGCCGACGGCAUCAUCGCCGUCGCGGCGGGCGCGGGCGGCCACGCGGGCACGCUCUCGCCCUUUGCGCUCGUCUCUGAGAUCCGGGAGUGGUUCGACGGGCCGCUCUGCCUCUCUGGCUCCAUCGCGACGGGGAGCGGCGUGCUGGCCGCACAGGCGCUGGGCGCCGACUUUGCGUACAUGGGCUCCGCCUUCAUCGCGUCGGCCGAGGCGAACGCGCAGGACGCGUACAAGCAGUCGAUCGUCGAGUCGGUCGCGGCGGACAUCGUCUACUCGUCGCUCUUCACGGGCGUGCACGGAAACUACCUGCGCCCGUCCAUCAUGGCGGCCGGCCUCGACCCCGACAACCUCCCCGAGGGCGACGUCACGCAGAUGGACUUUGGCUCCGGAGGCAACACCGACGCCAAGGCGUGGAAGGACAUCUGGGGCUGCGGGCAGGGCAUCGGCGCCAUCAAAGAGGUGAGCACGGCGGGCGAGAUCGUCGAGCGCCUCAAGGGCGAGUACGCGGCCGCCGUGGCGGAGAGCAGGGCGGCGACGGGCAGGUUCGUCCCCUGACUCGCGAAGCGCCACUCGGGCCCCAGUCUCUGUUCAGCGCGCGCACAGACGCUCUCCUGUCAGUCCAGUCAGUGUAUCUCCCCCUCUUGACUCUCGUCUGGGUCUCGGUUAUUUUGUGAAGCGUGUUCUUGUACGCGUCCAGAGUGUCUGUCUCGCCUCGGAUGUUGCGGGUAUUUAUCUGUGUACUGUGACGCUGUCGA